AAAAUCAAGCAUCGGAAUUUUUUUACUUCUUAAAAAAGAAGAAUAUAACCUUUUGGAUAAAAUUUUGAAGUUUAUCUGGUGUCCUAGAAAAGGGAAUUGAUUUUUCAAAAAUAAAAUUGUUAGUUUUUAAAAAAAUUAAUGGACCUGAUGACUGAACCAGAGCUUGAAUUUAGACCCAAUGAAGAAUUUCUUCAUCAGUUAGUUUCUAUGGGAAUAAAUCACGACAUUGCUGUUCAAGCAUUAUUUUGUACGGGAAAUACAUCAUUAGACGAAGCAGUAGAAUAUGUGUUCAACAGUCAAGAGGAAGAUGCUAGAACCUUUGGUAGUCAUGAUGCAAAAGCAGAUAGUUCUGAUUCAGAUGGAGGAGAGCCUGCUGAGUAUUAUAAAAUGACGUUUGUUGUAAAUAGUUCUCUAAAAAUGGGCGUAGGCAAAAUAGCCGCACAAGUAGGUCAUGCUUGCCUGGGUUUAUUUCGAGAAAUCAUGAUGGAUAAAAAGGACGAACUCGGCAAUUGGGAAUGUUAUGGAGAGAAGAAAAUAGUACUAAAGGGUAUUGAUGAAUCUCACUUAAAAGAGCUUUACGAGAAAGCCAAAGAGAAAAACAUUCCUUGUUAUCUCGUCAGAGAUGCUGGACACACACAGAUAGCCCCAGGAUCUGUAACUGUUCUGAGUUUGUUUGGAUUAGAAGAGAAUGUUAAUAGUGUGACAGGAAAACUCAGUUUGUUGUGAUAUGUUUUAUAAAUCCACAAAGUAGCUAAAGUACUAUUACAUUUUUUGGUUGGACUGAGUAUGUAUUACAGGAGCUGUUGUUAUUAUUAUCAGUAGGUAGAAAAUUAUUAGUUUGUUACUAGGAUUAUUGGUGUAUGCUGAGAGAGUUUUGCUGUUUCAAAUGAUAGUCUACAUUAGUAGUGAUGUGAAGAGACCGUAAUAUAUGCCAUAGAAAGAAGAGCAAAUAUUCACAUAUCGACCCCUGCAUAGAAUAAUGUUGUAACUAACAUUUUUGUCGAUUUUGAGUUACAGUGUUUUUCUUGUACAACUUUUUAUGCUCUAUCUGCCAAUAUGAUCGGUGUGGCUGUAACAGCAUUUAUAAGAAAAAUUCCGAAUGGAGUAAUACCGUAAAUGUAAAAAAUAUUUGAAUUAUUUGUAGAAUAACACAGUAACUACAGUUGAUACAAUUUUAUUCGCCGUGUAACUGUUGUUACAACUUUAUUCGCUGCUAAGUUCCGAUAAUUUUGUGCAGGAAGAUACUACAUGUGUGUCAGAUAAGAUCAUUGUAAGUGCCGUUACAAGAUUAUUUGAUGAACUUUAUAUUUAUAUCAAAAGCUGUAACUGCCAUUGUUCAAAAACCAUCCUCUAACAUAAAAAAGAGACCUUAUUCUGAAAGAGGAGUUCAACAUAUAUAAUUAUUUACUUCUUACACUGAAAAAAAUGUCACAUGCAUAUAAAAAAAAAGAAAUCGAAGCAUUUGGUAUCUUUUUGUAUAAUUUCUGAAGAAUAUCAUAUAUGCUGGUUAUAACGUUAUUCUUUGCAGGGGUCGAUAUACAGGGUAUCCAGAAACUUUCCUGACAAAUGAAGACCAUUUUUGAAGUUAUACUUCUUUAGGCGCGAUUGAGAGUAAAAUUUCAUAAUACUGCGCGCAUGCGCACACAGACAGUAUGGCGUUUAGUUACUGAAUCUUCCAAGUUAUGUAUAAAUAUAUCAGUGCAAGAAAAUGUGUGAAAAGAAUAUAUUAGUGUUUUUAGUAAAUGUAUUAUUUAUUACAAUGUUUGUGUCUUUGGAUUUGUCUUCCUCGGGAAUAAGAUACUUUAUAAUAAUAGUAGGUAUAUUUAAAGUAUUUUCGUAUUAAAUUUGUCAGUAUGUAUAAGAAAUCUUGUAACCUGUCAAAGCUACAGGGAUAUAGCUCAGUGGUAGAGCGUGUGACCGGAGAUCAAGAGGUCCCGGGUUCAAAUCCCGGACGAUUCAUAUUUUUUUUUUUAUAUUUUUCGUAUCGUUUUAAUAAAAAUUUUUUAAAAGUGGUAGGUAAAGAAAGUUAGUUUAAUAUUUAAAUGAAAUACAAAUAACCUGUUAAGUAUAUUAAUUUUGUUGAAAUCAUAAUAAUAGAAGUAUAACUUCUAAGUGCGUACAAAGUACACACACAUUCUUUUUUUUUUAUUUUCAAAUUCAAAAAACGAAAAAUUUUCAAAUUGAUUUGUUUAGAAAAUGGUGCAUCCUACCGACUUAAAGUAAGAGUACCUUUUAGUACUAGAAUACUUCACAAUUUAAUAAUCAAGUACCAAAAAUGCUUAAAAGUUAAAGACAAAAAAUAAUACGAUAAAAUAACUGUUGCCCUACCCAAAACGGAUGCCUAUGGUACUAGAAAUUUUCAAUUGAUGGAAUCGAUUUAUCUCUGGAAGGCAAAUAUGCGUACCAGUUUUCGUUUCUCUAAAUAGAAGAGUUCUGAAUGUAUUUAAAAAAAAACUAAUUACAAGGCGCCAUCUUCAAAGAGCGCUAGCUCCGAAAUGAAGCAUUUACGAACUAGUGAAUUAAAAUUAUCUGAGGAAUCUCCGGUCUUCGUUUGUAAGGAGGGUUUCUGGACACCUUGUAUAUGCACAAAAUUCGUACAAAUACGCAAAAAUUUUAUGUAUACUGGAUUUUAAGGUACAUUAGAUAAAGCGUUUACAUUCUACCAGAGCUGCUGAAGUGGAAUCUGUUAGUUAUGUAAUAAAACUUUUUAUUCCUUGAAAAUACUCUCAAAAAAAUCUUUUCUAAACAAGUGCCCCAUCUCGUGAUAACAGGUAAAGGGGGUAAUAGAAUAUUACUCAGACAUUCUUUCUAAAAUUGAACUCAUAAUGGCUAUUUUAUAAAAACGUUUUUGACAUUAUUGAUUUAAUCAUAAAAUCGUUGAAAUGUAAUAAUUAAACCUCCGAAAUUGCGUCAACACCAAACUAGACUGGCUAAUUGGCUAUGCCAAGGCCAUAAAAAAAUUAACAUGUGGAAAAUUUCGUUGUAUUUCAUAUACUUUCCAGUAGAAAAAAAAACAGGCAACUCAUCUAGAACAAAACAUGUAUGGUAAAAUUGUUCUUCUUUUUCCACGACACUACAGCUCAAAUUGAGCCUUGGCCUCCUUUAUUUUUUGCCUCCACCCUUGUUUGUCUGUGGCUGCUCUUCUCCAUACACGGACUCCUAAAAGGGCUUGUGUGUUGAUGUUUACUGUGCCUUCCCAGCGCUUUUUUGGCUUUCCAACCGGUCUCUUUCCCUGCAUUCUAGCGUUCAGUGCUCUUUUUGCUAGCCUAUCCUCUCCCAUUCUUAUCACAUGUCCGGCCCAUUGCAAUCUUUGUAUUCUAAUGAAGUCUGACAGGGGUGCUUCCUUAUAAAGUUGAUAGAGGACGUUGUAUCAACUUCUGAAGAUUCCGUUUUCCCUCACAGGUCCUAGUUGUUGGUUUCCUCUAAUUACCUUGACACAAAAAGGUAAUAUUUAUUUUUUACAUCUUUGUGUAUUUCCACUAAUUAACGAAGUCACGAGUUGCGCAAUAAAAUUAAAUGCACUUUUAAAAUUUGCCCAUUACACACUGUUUGACGCGAAAACCAUAAAAAUAUAAAUUUCAGAGAUUCAUACAGCUACUUAUUCUUAACAGCUUCACCUACACUUCCGCUCCUUUUAGAUUUCGCAAAAAUUCACCCCAAUAAAAUUGUUUACGGUUCAAAGACACUGGUUUUAUGACUCAGGGAAUUUGAAUGGGCAACUUCGAGAAAAGAUGGACAUAUUUAGAAAAUAUUGGCAUUAUACAUUUUUUUUAAUGUGCAGAAAUAUGCAAUUUCUUGUGAAAAUAUGAAAUGUAUGCAAAAUAUUCUAGAUAGGUAUGCAAAAAAUGCAUUUUGUAUAUAUUCCGGUCUCUAAUGAUGUGGUACGGCUAUUUUGUGACAAAACAAAUAAUAAUUAUCUAACCUUACACUAAUGUAGUCUGUUAAUAGGAUAAAAGUUUUACAUAUAAAGAAUUGGUGUAAAAUUGUUUUUUCAUAGAUUUUAUUUAUAACUCACUUUUUUAAUAAAAAUAAUCCAACAUUUGUGUUAGUUCUAAGUGAAAUGAUUAAAAUAAUUACAAAACCCACAAGGAAAGAUUUUCCUGUAGCUGGCUGUAUACCUACCAUUAAUCAUAAAAUUUUUUAUUGACAAUCCUUUAUGAAAGGUAUAUAAUUUUAUUAAAAUCCCUUCAAGGGCUACAUCAAAUCAUAGAACGUUUUCGAUAUAAAAAUAUCAUCAUCAGUGCCAGUACAGGUUAAUCACAUGCUGAGCCACCAAAAAUACUUGGGUAUAAACUCCAAUGGAAGGCAACUCCGAGUUGUCUUCCAUCUCCGCGUUGACUUUCAGCUCCGAGUUGCCGUCGAUCGUCCGUAAUGUAAGGACAGAUCCAUCUGAUCAUCAACCCACGUGUGUAGGGAGUCAUGCGAUGCCUAUCUCCAUCAUCCAUCGUUUGGAAUUAUAAUUAAUACUGUAAAUUUAACACAUUUUCAUAACAUAUUCUUCUUCUUCAAGUGCCGUCUCCUAAUCGGCGGUUGGAUAUCAUCAUCACUAUCUUUACUCUAUCCACCGCUGCUCUAAAGAGUUCUAUAGAACUGCAUCUAAACCAGUCCCUUAAAUUCUUACCAUGACACUCUCCUUCUUCCUAUACUCCUUCCGCCUCUUAUCUUUCCCUGUAUUAUCAGUCUUAGCAUUUCAUAUCGCGGUCCCCUCAUUACGUGUCCCAGAUAUUGUAACUUUCUUAUUUUUAUUGUGUUUAUUAUUUCGCAUUCUUUACCCAUUUCUCGCAAUACUUCCGUGUUCGCUUUCUUCUGUGUCCAUGCUAUUCUAAGCAUCCUUCUGUAACACCACAUUUCAAAUGACUGUAGCUUAUUUAUGUGUUCUUGCUUUAAUGUCCAGCUUUCAAGUCCAUAUUGUAGUAUCGAGAACACGUAGCAUCUCAAAGCUCUUACGCUCAGUUCUAAGCUAAGGUCUUUGUUGCAGAGAACUGUUUUCAUUUUUACAAACGCAUUUCUUGCUAUUUCUAUCCUGGUCCUUAUUUCUGUUGUUUGAUCAUUUUUCUCUGAAAUCCAGGUUCCUAGGUAUUUGUAUUUAUCAACCCUUUCUAUCUGUACAUUUCCCAAAUGUAUGCUUGUUUGUAUGUUUGUUUGCUUAGUUAUGAUCAUGUAUUUGGUCUUUUUUAUAUUCAUUUUUAGUCCAUAUUCUUCACAGAAAUUGUUUGUUUUGUUCAGUAGUAGUUGGAGUUGUUCAGCAGAGCUUGCCAUAAUCACGGUGUCAUCUGCAUAUCUUAUGUUGUUAAUAGAUCUUCCUUUAAUUAUUAUUCCUUCACUUUGAGAUAGCAAUGCUUCUUCAAAAAUGGCUUCACUAUAAUAUGCAUUAAAGAGCAAUGGAGACAUAAUACAUCCCUGCCGAACUCCUCUCCUGAUUUCAAUUUCUGGACUGGAUUCGUUAUCUAUUAUAAUUUGUGCUCUUUGAUUCCAGUAAAGGUUUGUUAUUAUUGUCCCUUUUGUCUAUGUUUUUUGUCUUUAGAAUUUGGACUAAUUUUUCAUGUCUUACUUUGUCAAAAGCUUUCUCAAAAUCAACGUAACAAACAUGCACAUCCACAUUCAUGUCCAUGCAUCUUUGAGCUAACACAUUAAAAGCAAAUAACGCCUCUCUGGUUCCUAGUCCGUUUCUGAACCCAAACUGACUAUCAUCUAUUCCUUCUUCUAGUUUUUUAUUUAUACGACCAUGUAUUAUUUUCAAGAAUAAUUUGAGAAUAUGACUUAUUAAUGAUAUUGUUCUGUAUUCACUACAAUCUUUAGCGUUUGUAUUUUUAGGGAUAGCACAAAAGGUUGAGGGUAACCAUUGUUUUGGUAUGUCUUCUGUUUUGUACACUGUGUUACGAUAAUGUCUAAGGUUUCAUCAUUUAUGCAUUUUAAGCUUUCUACUGGGAUUUGGUAUAAAGGGUUUAUUAAAGGGUACUUUCAUAACAUAUAAAGGGUUUAUACCCAAGUAUUUUUGGUGGCUCGGCAUGAGAUUAACUUCUACUAGCACUGAUGAUGAUAUUUUUAUAUCUAAAACGUUCUGUGAUUUGAUGUGGCCCUUGGAAGUGAUUUUAAUAAAUUAUUACCUGUUAUAAAAGAGUUUCGAUAAUUUUUUUUUAAAUAAUUUAGCUACCAGACAUACAUUUCUUAAUUAUUUGGCACUUUUACUAAUGAUAUAUCAAUAAAUAUUCCAAUAUCGGCUUAACAAUUUACAUUUUGCUACAAUAAUUAUUGAAUAAUUUACAAUAUAUGUAUGUAACUAUUGAUAAUAAACAAUAAAUUAAU